GAGAAACGGGAGAGCAAGCCGUCUCUUCUCGUUUUGGUACGCCCGAACCUCACACGCAUCCAGAACAUCGUUUUAUUCCUCUCCUUUCCUCCUGUCUUUCUCCCCACGAGAUGAGAGACUGAUCCAGUGAGGGUUCCAAGAGCUGUUACAAAGAAGUUUUGGGUAGGAGGAGAGGAUGAUGAUGAUGAUGUCAGAGUUCAUCGUGCUGUGGUUACUGUUUGGAGCCGCAGCACACGCCCAGGCCUUCCCAGAAUGCAACAAGAAACAUGAGUGUCCUAUAGAUGUGUACUUUACGAUCGACACGUCUGAGACCAUCGCCCUGCAAGAACCUCCCCCUGGAUCACUGGUGGAGAGCAUUAAGAUGUUUACAGAGCGCUUUGCAGAGCGUCUGGAGGAUGCUGACUAUAAAGGUCUGGUCCAGAUCAGAUGGCAGUUAGGAGGACUGCACUUCUCCCAGACACAACAGAUCUUCAGCCGCAUACAGGCCAAGGACGCCUUCAUCCAGGGGGUCAGGGGUAUCCGGUAUCUAGGUAAGGGAACCUACAUCGACUGCGCCCUCGCCAACAUGACACAGGAAAUUACACGCUCGCCUUCGGGCCCCAGGGCACUGCGAUUCGCUGUCGUCAUCACCGACGGUCACGUGACAGGAAACCCCUGCGGCGGAGUGAAGGUGACGGCGGAGAGAGCGCGCGACGAGGGCAUCAGAAUGUUUGUGGUCGCGGCAACGAAGAACGUGGACGAGACGGGUCUGAGGGAGAUUGCUAACUCUCCGGCCAACGUCUACAGAAAAGACUUCCUGGCUGUCGACCUCAGUGGCAACAAGCCUGUUAUACAGCUGGACACUAUAGACCGCAUCAUCAAGACCAUGACCCAUCUGGCCUAUCAGGAGUGCUACAAGGUGAAGUGUCUGGAGACAGAAGGACCUCCUGGUCCCAAAGGACACAGAGGGCAGAAGGGAAUCAAAGGAGACAAUGGCAACUCCGGUCUUAAAGGAGAGAGAGGAAGACAGGGCGACCCCGGCAUCGAGGGUCCCAUUGGUCAACCAGGAGUCAAGGGUGAAAUUGGUCUGGAGGGGGAAAAGGGAGAGAUCGGAGCUGAGGGGAAGAAGGGUGUGGCCGGCCUCGCAGGACGCAACGGGACAGACGGACAAAAGGGGAAGAUCGGACGCAUCGGCGCUCCCGGCUGCAAAGGAGAUCCAGGAGACAGGGGUCCUGAUGGUCACUCGGGAGACGCGGGCAAUGGUGGACUUCCUGGAACAGACGGAGAGAAGGGAGAUCCCGGUCGAUCAGGAAGCGCAGGCCCCCUCGGCCCGGUGGGAGACGCUGGACCUAAGGGUGAGAGAGGGAGUCCCGGCUCGCCUGGCUUCCCUGGAGCCAAAGGAACACCAGGAACUAUUGGAGGCCCAGGAGACAAGGGAGAACUGGGGAGAAGAGGAGACUUUGGGUCAAAGGGGAAUCAGGGAACAGACGGAGUUAAAGGAGACAAGGGCGAGGCAGGACCUGAGGGGCUGAGAGGACUACCAGGUGAAGUAGGAAACAAAGGAACCAAGGGAGACAACGGACUCCCAGGGCCACGCGGGCCCCCCGGCUCUUCAGGAGCGGCAGGGAAGAACGGUACCCGUGGCGACCCCGGUGAUGCCGGACCGAGAGGAGACCCCGGCCUGGCAGGACCAAAGGGCGACGUGGGAAGAGCUGGCUUCAGUUACCCAGGACCAAGAGGACCAACGGGUGAACGUGGCGAGAAGGGCGGUCUAGGAUCCAGAGGAGGCAGAGGAGACUGUGGCCCCAAGGGAGGACCAGGGGGAGCGGGGACCCCUGGAGAGGGGGGUGAACCAGGGCCUCAGGGAGAACCUGGAUUCAGAGGACCAAGAGGAGUGGGUGGACGAGACGGAGAUCCAGGUCCUGAGGGAGACCCCGGCCUCACAGAAUGUGAUGUCAUGAACUACAUCAGAGAGACCUGUGGCUGCUGUGGUGAGUUAUUCCGACACACA